UUCUACAUGAAAUCCCCAUGUCCAUCAAUUGAAAUUCAGAAGGCCCCAAUCAAGAUAUGGUCACUCAUUAUUUAGACCAAACCUAGAUAACAAUCCUUAAUCCAUAAAUCCCACAAUUGGUUCACAUCUCCAACACAAGCUUCCAAACUACUUGGGAGAAGAAGCAGAUCUCGAGUAAGAACCUGGUCAAGCUAAGCCGCGUGAUGGAGAAAAGUAUCGAUGCAAAUUCUCAUUCUGUAGCUAACAGUACCACACCAGAUUGCUUAAAUGCUAUUGAUAUCAAAGAAGAGGCUAGCGUCGCUACGUUACUGAUGAACAUGGAAAAUGAAUUUGAUCCCUUUGAUGCUCUGAGUACUCCGCUUUACCAGACGGCUACAUUUAAGCAGCCUUCUGCUAUUGAAAAUGGUCCUUAUGACUACACAAGAAGUGGGAAUCCUACACGGGAUGCGUUGCAAAGUCUUCUUGCGAAGCUUGAUAAGGCAGAUAGAGCAUUUUGCUUUACUAGUGGAAUGGCUGCUCUUACUGCUGUUACACACCUUCUCAAAACUGGCGACGAGAUUGUGGCUGGUGAUGAUGUAUACGGUGGCUCAGACAGAUUACUAUCUCAAGUAGUCCCAAGAUCUGGUGUUGUGGUAAAACGAAUAAACACAACUAGUUUAGACGAGGUUGCUGCUGCUAUUGGUCCCCGUACAAAACUUGUGUGGCUUGAGUCUCCAACCAACCCCAGACAACAGAUCUCCGAUAUUCGAAAAAUAGCUGAGAUGGCUCAUGCUCAAGGUGCACUUAUGUUGGUAGACAACAGUAUCAUGUCACCGGUGCUUUCUCGUCCAUUAGAACUUGGAGCUGAUAUCGUUAUGCACUCGGCUACUAAGUUUAUAGCUGGACACAGUGAUGUGAUGGCGGGUGUGCUUGCUGUAAAAGGCGAAAAAUUGGCAAAGGAGUUGUACUUCCUCCAAAACUCUGAAGGUUCUGGGUUAGCUCCUUUCGACUGUUGGAUUUGCCUGCGAGGUAUCAAGACAAUGGCUUUGCGUAUAGAAAAGCAACAGGAAAACGCAAGGAAAAUCGCAAUGUACUUGUCUUCCCAUCCAAGAGUGAAGAAAGUUUACUAUGCUGGUCUACCAGAUCAUCCUGGUCACCAUCUCCACUUCUCUCAGGCAAAAGGUGCAGGGUCCGUUUUUAGCUUUAUAACAGGAUCGGUUGCGCUAUCAAAGCAUCUUGUAGAAACCACCAAGUACUUCAGCAUUGCUGUUAGUUUUGGGAGUGUUAAGUCACUUAUAAGCAUGCCAUGCUUCAUGUCACAUGCAAGCAUACCUGCAGCAGUACGCGAGGCCAGAGGCUUGACUGAAGAUCUUGUCCGGAUCUCUGCAGGCAUUGAAGAUGCUGAUGAUUUGAUCUCUGAUCUUGAUAUCGCCUUCAGAACCGGUCCCAUCUAGCUCCCCUUCUAGUCUCAGUCUUCUUCCUUUUUUUUUUUGGAUCUUGGAAGAAUCUGUGUAAGUAACCAUAAAACAUAAUUUUGGUGUUUGAGAAUGAGAACACAUCAAACAAAUAAACUCGUUAUUGUUGGA